UGAGUUCAACCCUAAAGCCAGCAGUGUUUCGACGAGUAAAAUGAAAGCUAUUAAAGGAAACUAACUUGACCGCGGCUUGACUGAGACUCCCCGAAGGAGCAAAGAAAGUGGAAAACAAGUGUGGAUUGUUAUUUUUAAUUAUCAUGGAAUUUCUCAAGCGCACGUUCAUCAAACGACCUUCACCCGAGGAUCUGGAGGAUGGGUUGGAAACUGGCCCUGAGUACACCGCCCGAUGGAACUCGAUCCGGGUGAUCUACUACACGAUGUUCCUGAUGUCCCUGGGAUUCAGCAUCAUCCUCACUGGCGUCUGGCCAUAUUUGGACAAGCUUGAUCCUCAUGCUGGCAAGGAGUUCAUGGGCUGGAUCGUGGCCGCUAAUCCCGUUGGACAGAUGAUUUUCAGCCCCCUGGUGGGUUGGUGGAGCAACAGGCUUGGGUCGAUUCGGUUACCACUACUGUGUUCAUUAGCGUUGUUCUCGAUUGCUAGCGGUAUAUACUCAACGCUAGAGGUGUUCAGCACUCAUCAAAAGUAUUGGAUGUUGUAUUCGAGAUUCCUGAUUGGAGUAAGCUCCUCAAACAUCGCCGUCUGUCGAUCGUAUCUAUCGGCAGCUACCAAGGUUAAGGAACGAACUGGUGCCGUUUCGAUGGUGUCUCUGGCACAGACGCUGGGAUUUAUUGUGGGUCCAGCAUUGCAGGGAGUCGUGACGCCCCUUGGAGAUCAGGGCGUUCCUCUGUUCAGAAAUAACUUGCAUCUGAACAUGUACUCGGCAACUGGAUGGAUCAACGUGUUCAUGGGCAUCAUCAACUUCUGCCUGUUCCUUCCAUUCAUUUUCAAGGAGAAACGGAUCGCGGCCAAAGAAGCAAUGGUUCUGAAAGGCAUGGAAUCCGAAAAGGAAACGUGGAAAAUUAUGAAACCUGACUACGUUUCUGCCUGGUCGUUGAUAUUCGCGUUCUUCAUAUUGGUUUUCAAUUUUGUGUUUUUGGAAACAUUAGCCACGCCACUAACAAUGGACAUGUUUGCUUGGACAAAGGCAGAAGCUCUUUACUACAUGGCUUGGGUGAUGGCCGUUGGAGCGAUUAUUGCCAGUGUUACAUUCGUUCUGAUAGGACCGUUGUGCAAGAGAUUCCCAGAGCACAAUGUUUUGCUGUGGGGUGGAUUCUUCCUCAUGGUGCUCGGUCGAGCAGUUUACAUUCCAAUGGAUAGUAAUCCUCCAAAGUUGGCAUACCCUGAUAACGACACAGCGCCAGUUGCUCAGUUGUAUGUUUAUGGAUCGAACUUUACGGAAGUUUAUUCAAAUUUGACUCGGAUAGAUUUCGCCGACAAUUCAACGGAUGGCCCGAAAAUACAAUUGGAACAAAUGACACUGGGAUGCCCGGUGACUCAAGAAUGGUGCAAGACGACAAAUGGCAUGACGAUAUCACAAUUUUUGAUCGGUUACACAUUUACCGCCAUUGGGUAUCCCAUUGGUGUGACCUUAAUUACUACGAUUUUUUCAAAAAUUCUUGGCCCUAGACCUCAGGGAACUUGGAUGGGAAUCAUGACUGGUUCCGGAUGCAUGUCUAGAGCACUGGGUCCUGUAUUUCUUUCAACUAUAUACACCAAGUUAGGGUUGUAUUGGACUUUCGGAAGCACAGCUGUUACGAUGGCCGCAACCAUGCUUUGGUUGUGGUUUGUAAGGGAUCGGUUGAUUCCUUUCGAGUACGAUAACCCAAUGGAGGGCAGAGAACUUUCGACGAUGAAUCGGAAGUUGGACGCCACCGCAGAGAAAACUGUUGCUAGUCCCGAGGAACUGGAGAGACUGAAUGGAAACGAAAAGUCGACUGCGGAAGAAAAACCUCUAACAAUCGAACAAAAUCCGUAAAACUUAAGUCUGAUAUUUUUAUUGGCUCAAUCGCUACUUAAGAGUUUUUUUUUAUAAAUAAUAUGCCGAUACUGUUCAAAGGGUAUUGCAAUGUUCUAA